AUGAGGAUGUUAAGCUGCCAUUCUCCCAAACGCACAUAACGAGCACAAAGCGUGUAAUUAGAGUCUUGUCGGACAUCAAAACACAACGGCAACAGGCGGGAGUCAUCUUGGCGCUUCGCUCCGACCCAACUGCCUCCUCAACCGUUUCUUUUCCCUGUCACCAAAGUAUCCUUUCCCCUACGAGACCAUCCCGAUUCGGGCCUAUUCAGGCCCUUGGUUUGAUUGCGGAGGUUACGGAAUAACGCGUCUGUUGGUUGACUGAUUGCAGCUUCAUUUGAGGACCUGAUUUCUCCGACAAUACUGAGGCAAAUCAUAUAUGUACGAGCCUAUUGGGUCUUGCGCAAUAUGUGCGGACGUCUUAAUGAACCCCUGUGCUUUACCUUCUUGUGGGCAUGUAUUCUGCUUCGAAUGUCUGAAUCAGUAUCUUGGGGCCGCUUCUUCUCUCAGCUCGCGACAACGACCACCAAAGGGAUGUCCUAUGUGCAGGAAGCCAGCUGGCCAUUCCCCGCCGAUAAAACUCUUCGUUGAGCCGUUGGAGAAAUCACUGACAGGGCCGACUCGAAGUGCGAAAGCAGCUGUCACCACACGUUCAGAAUCUAAUUCCCAAGAGACAAACACAAAGUCCUGGGCUGAAGCAACCAUUCCUGUACCCCUAUUCGCGCUGGUUCAUGUCAAGAACCUUCAGAAUGACCUCGCUGCACUUCGUUCCGAAUACGAACGCACUCAAGUUCAACUCCAAACGGCAGACAACCGAGUACAGGACCUCCAGGCUCGCAUUGGGGAGAAGGAGAUUGCAAUUGAUGACAUCUCUCGACAAGUUCAGGUAGUUCGAUGUGUUGCGCAAAGGAAUGCUGCCGAAGCUUCAUCGAUGCGAAGUAGCCUUGAGCACAGUCAGGGCGAGCUUAGCACGACGCAACUUCAACUCGCUGAGGCGAGACUGGAGAUUGAAAUGUUGAGACGAAUUCUAGCCACAAUCCAGCAUAAAAGCGCUGGCACCGAUGGAUACAUCAACACUUGGCUUGAAUUUGCAUCUUUGAUGGGAAACACUAAUACCAGAAUUCAAGCGUUGGAUGGCGUGUUGUACACCUCGAACGGGCCUGAACUCACGGACACAACGAGUGGCACAAAUGAACAAAGUGUAUCAUAACCGAGCCCUCCAGGGCAACAUUGCCUCCCCCCCUUCUGUUCAUCACUCACAAUUGUCGCCAGCAGGCUAGAAGAUCGCACUAACACCGCAUUCUCACGAACCCGCCCUCCCCACAUCCCGUUGGCCUUCUUCCUUUCUUCUCGGACUGUCCUUGUACUACUGUGCUCCUGUACUUGCCGUGCCGCCUGUGUAUCUCGCGCGUGUACGAUAGUUCUUACCAUUGGGAUCGCGGUACCGCCAGCGUAUGUUCGUGGAUCGCCUAGUUCAAGACCAACAGGCGAUCGGAAGGACAAAAGAUAUUCAAGAGUCCUCUG